AUGAAUCAAAAAAAGGCAACUGUAAAAGAAUCGCUGAGUUACGCAAAGUUUAACAAAAAAAAACCUAUUGGAAUAAAAUUAAGAGGAAAAUAUUUAUUUAGAGCGGGUGUUAGAUUAGUUAUUGAAUAUAUUGAGUGGUUAAAAAAUGAAGACAAUGAAUUAUAUAAAAUAGAUGAUAAAUCUCUGAGUAUUAAAGACCGAUCAAUUCUUUUAACUGAACCUAAUUUUCGUAGCAAACAAGAAAAAAUUUAUAUAGUUGAUUUAAUUAAAAAAUUUAAUGCUUUCAAAAAGUAUCCAGACAAAGAAAGACAAUUGAUUGCUAAAGUCGUUUAUUAUAAAAAUUUUAAAUCUCAGCGUGUUAUUGUAAGACAAAAUCAUCCAGCUAAAUAUUUAUAUUUUAUUAUAAAAGGAGAAGUUGAAUUAAGUAAAAUUGAAAAAGAUAAUAUUACUGGAGACAUCAAAGAAAUAAAUGCUGGAGUUUUAGGACCUGGUGACAUGUUUGGUGAAGUAGCACUUCUUCAUUCCAUUUCACGGUCAACAACUGUUAUUUCUAAAACUUCUGUAGAUUUUUUUUGUCUUGAUAAAUCAGACUUUGACCAGCUAUUAAAAAAUUUUUUACUGCAAAAUUGGAAUGUAUUGCAAGAUGCGCUUGUUAAUUUUAAUUAUUUUAAAUCAUGGGAUGAUACUACUAUAAGAGAAUGUUGUGUUCUCAGUAAAAUUAAAGAUUUUGAACCCAAUGAGAUUCUAUUGGGUGAUGGAAAGGGUAUGGUAAAUUACGUUUACUUUUUAUUAUCAGGCAUGUGUCGACUGAUUGAACAUAUGUUAGUGUUUGAAGAAAAACGUUAUGGUAAAAUAAAUUAUCGAUUGUAUGAUUCUGAAAAAUCAGAUAUAUCUAGAAGAAGUAGUAAAAGAGUUAGUCGUAAAUCUAAUGGUGAAAUUAAUUUUCCAAUUAUCAAAAGUUCCGAAAAAGUUCCAGGAGUUAAAGAUUUCACAAAAAAAUUAUUGUCUAAAAAAAUAAAAAAUCCAAUGGAUUUUGAUCGUGAAAGUACAAUUACAACAACAUUACAAGAUGUAGUAAAUCAAUGGCACGAAAUAACAGAUGUUGCGACAGCAUUGAUGCGUAAACCAUCGACAUUGUCUGACCAAACUUAUCCAGGUGUUAAAACUAUUUUCAUACAAAUAUGUGAAUUCCAUCGCGGUGCUUGUUUUGGUUUAGGUGAAGAGAUGCGGAAUCGACGCAUAGUAUCCACAACAUCAGUGCGUUGCUUAUUAAUUCCGCGUUACUGGUUACUUGAACACAAUCAUGCAAAUAUUUGGCAACGAGUCAAAGUAUUUAUGAACUCUAAGUAUCCAACAAGGCAUAAAUUGUUUCAAGAGUUUGUUAUCAAUCGAAAAUGGACCGAGUAUAAAAAACAAUUAUUAGAAGAUGUUAUUAAAAGGAGUAAAAAAACUUGUAAUAAUACAACAAUUCAUGAUGUUCCUUAUUCGAUUCGAAUAAAUUCAACUUCAAACAGUAUAUAAAUUAAACGAUAUGUAUAAUUUUAAAUAAAUUAAUGUUUUAAAUAAUAAACUCAUUAAGAAUUUAUAAAUACACUCGAUUAGAUUAUAAUUAUCAUG